AUGCCGGAGCAGGGCGGCAGCAGCGGCUCGGAUCGCGCUGCGCUGGCCCUGGCCCGGCUCUCCGAGUGGGCGGACGCGCACCUGGGGCUGCUGCGGGGCCUGAUCGCCGGCGCGGCCGUGGCCGGGGUGCUGCUGCUGGCGCGGAGCCUCCGUGUGGCAACAAAGUUCAUAAGUCCUUUGGACAUACCUGUGGAGUUCGUAGAAAAGAAUGUGAAACUGAGAGGGAAAUUACAUCAUGUCACAGAGAAGGGCCUGGAAGUUGAACACAUUCCCAUCAGCAUUCCUUUUAUCACAGCCAUCCAGAAAAAAUGGCAGCCAGAGGGGCUCCUGCUGAUCCGCCUGGCCGGGGUGGAGCUGGCUCCUGGUGGCACAGCCUGGCUGCAGAGGGAGCUGCUCCCCAAACAGCCCCUGUGGUUCCAGCUCCUGGGGAGGGACAGCUCAGCCCUGGAAUGCCUCGUUCUAGUCCAUAAGGGUGGAUUUCUCAGCACGUGCUUGAAUGAAGAGCUCUUGAGCCAAGGGCUGGCCAGAGCAGCCCGGAUUGAGGGGUUGCCCCACCACUCCCACCUUUACUGGAAACUGCACAAAAGGCUCCUCCGGGCUGAGUUAAAGGCUGUGAAGAAAAAUAAAGGCAUAUGGAAAGACCAGAGCUACUCUGAAACACUCCAGGAGCGCAUAAGCAGCAAUAAAUUCCUGCAGAGGCUGAGGCAGUUUGUGAGCUGGGUUAGAAGCUCUACUGAGAGGUGAAGAGGUGGGGAGUGCAGUUCCCCAAGUUUUGUUGUGAUCACAAACAGUGCUGUGAUGUCGAGGGUCCCUGUCUUGAACACAAACCCCACAGUUCAUGGGUUACACAGAAUAUAAACCACCAGUUCAUGGUUAUUUAGAAUAUAUCCCAUAUCACAACCCACGUGGGAUUGGAGUUCAGUAGCAGCACCACUGAAAAUGUUCUGGUGCCAAACUUCUCCACAGUGAUGUCCCAGAUUAGUUGUGCAGUUUCCCACCUGCUAAACUCCUCCAAGCUGUGCUGGCCUGUGCAGGUUUGAGGGGUAGGGUCCCUUCACACCUCUGUGAUGUGCCACUGCUGCUGAGCCCACACUGGACAGAAACCCCAUGGCAGGCCUUUACAAAGCUCGUGGGAUGGGAUUAAACACGCCCUUUGUGUUUGAAUCCUGUUCUUAUGCUACUUCUUGGUGUAAUUUGUGGUUCAAAACUCAUUCAUCUUGAAUAAUGGGUUGCAUUGUUAGUGAUAUAAAAGGUGAUUUGUUAUGGCUGAUCUUAAAAAGCUGAUAAGGUUGUAAUAACUAAAGUUCCUCAGGGGAAAAAAACAUCAUUUGGUGUAUCAAAGAAUAUAAUGUCAGAAAUCCAAAUUUUUCAAAGACAACUUCCAUUUGAAGAGGAAAAACCUGUGUUGCUUCUUUAAGAUGGCUCUGUAAGUACCUAAAAUUAGAUUAAUAUAAAACUUCAACAUGAAAUUUGACAAGGAGGCUCAGACU